UUAUUAUCAGCCACAGAUUAUACAAUAAUAUGUAAGCAAACAUUUAGUGUAUAAUCUAUGUAAGCAAACACCAAUGGACUCUCGAAUUAUCUGUCAGUAAUCAGAAUUUUAUCGAAAACACCUGAAAAUAUGAAUGAUAACACGUGCUCUAACACUAUGUUGCACUUUGCUCUUUAUAUAUAGACGUUGAAGUUCGCGAAGGUGAUUUCACGUUACACCCGGAUUAAAUUUCGAAGGAAAAAACCGGCAUUCAGAUGUAUUGAAAAGAUAAGACGUUUUCCUUCUGUUUUGGAAUGAAGACCAAAUAUAAUUGAAGUAAAAAGCAUUGAAGUCUAAACAGUAAAAUGACGAGAUAUUUCGAAAAUACUUCGGUCUUUAACUUCAGUUGGGAUCAAGUUGCGCGUGGUUACUGGAGGAGAUACCCAAAUCCGCAGAGUACUCACGUCCUAUCUGAAGAUACAUGGAGCCGACAAGUUCGCGACGGUUGUCUUUAUACAAAGCGGCUCCUGACUAAAACCAACAGAGUUCCAAAAUGGGGUGAAAGAUUUUUCAACUCUAAAUCCGUUAAAAUAAUCGAGGAGAGUGUCGUUGAUCCGGAAAAGAAGAUUCUCGUAACAUACACCAGAAAUUUAGGGUACACUAAAGUGAUGAGUGUAGUUGAGAGAGUAGAGUACAGGUCAGCCGGUCCGGGCCAGACCGUGGCCAAGCGCUCGGCGUGGAUCGACUCGCAGGUUUUCGGCUUCUCGCGAGCCAUACGGGCAUUCGGUAUCGAAAGGUUCAAGAAGAACUGCUCGCAGAUGGCGAGCGGGUUCAACCACGUCCUGCACAGCAUGUACCCGCGGCCCGCGAGCCCCGCCUCCGGCAUGGCCCUGUCUCUGAAGGAGAUGCGCGAGGCGGCCGCCGCGGCCACGGACCGCGCCAAGGCCAACGUGCUCUCGUCCGUGCAGAGGACGUAGCCCGAAGACGCCGACGCGCGCUAGAGCGUAGGCCCGCAGUGACCCUGGCCAGAUGCUCGACAGUUUGCGUUUGAGGGUAGUUAAGUAUUGAACGUUCAUGUUCACGAUACCAAUGAAAAUUGUGAAUAUCAUCUGUGAAAGCUUACUGAACUUCACGACCACAACUUUUGUGGUGUGUUAAAUGUUAAUGAUAGCGGCUUUCUCUUGUGCUGUGGCGAGCCCGCAAUGUAUACUGUUUUACAACGUUUCGAAUGUUGAGAGUCCCGUAUUUAUUUGGAAACUACCCUCCUAAUUUUUUUUGUAAUUGCCACUUCGUUUUUACAAAACCAUGAUAGAAACACGUUUAGACUGUAAUUAAAUGUAUUAUAGUUGAAGUAAUUACAGUAAUUUUAUGUAAAAAAAAUAUAACCAUAACGUGAAAAUAAAUUAAAUAAAUUUCAUACUAAAAAUAUGGUUACUGUUUUGAAAAGUUGUGAAAAAAGUUGUUUUCAAUGUGGGCACAGACGUGUCGUCCAAACAUGUGCUAACAGUAUAUACACACCUUUACGUAAAGAACACGCAGAGAAUUCGGGAGUCCGUCAUAUCUCGCAGGAUCCUUGAAAACGUAACUUGUCAUGUCUCUGACAUUGUCGUUGUGUAAUUCCCAUAUAUCUCACCUAUGGUCGACAUUGUAUCAUUUAAAAAUUACAUUAUGCAAAAAUUCAUGCAAAACUAAAACAUUCUAAAUAAUAAUAAAAAUUAAUGCUAUUUACGCGGAUUAUUUCUGUACCACAAUUAUCACAAAACAUGAUCCUCUGUCUUCCUCAUUUGUAAUCGUGGCUGUAAAUUAUGAAGUCAUUUUCUUCAACUUCAUGAGCCGUAUAGACAAUUUAUAACCUCAAACAAGAGUGCAAUAAUGUAUUUGAAUCAUACGAUUCCCUUACGAUAUAACGUUAUUAGUUUCGAUAUAAUUUCACACGGUUCCAUUAUUGGGAGCUUGCUUUUCCACAUUAAUAUUAAUAUAUGAACUCUUUAAUGUACAUAACAAGAAAUGUAAAGUAUGUUAUGUAAUAAUAAUAAACUGAUUAAUUAUUAAAAAUAUAAUAAACUGAUUGCAGCGAUAUCGCUAUUUAAAUAUUUACGUAUUAAUUGCCACUGCCGUAAUAUGGCAUUUGAAAAAAAUAAAAAAAUGCCAACGCUACCUGUACCUUUCGGCCACAUUCCAGCGUGUGGAGUGUUUGAAUUAAUUGCUACAUGUUUCUACAUGCACACAUUAUAAGUUGUUUUUUUUUGUUUGAUUUAAAAUCAAUUUUUAUCCGCGCAUUUUAAAUAAUAGUAAAGAAUUUUAUUGAGUAGAUUGAAGUAACAAUUAAAAUUGUCAUAUUAAGUUGUAAGACAGGUGUUCGUUAAUUUGCUUACUACAUUGUAUAGCGGUGUUCUGCUGAGUUCAUUGUGUAGCAUAUUUUAAAAUAAUUUCCUUUUUUCUGAGCAAAUUUAAAUUUUAUUUUGAGCGAUUUGCUGUAUUUCUUGGCUAUCUUUUAAUAAGCGAAUAAAAUAAAAAUAUUAACCGGUCGGUGUAUUCGACUCAUUCUGAUUUUUUGGUAUAAAUUCGAUAAUAUAACGUCCUAUAUAAAUAAUACUCUAACUUCUGUAAUGUAUUACUCUAUAAUGUAAAGAUUGUUAGAUUUUAGCUGCAAUCCAAGGUUUUUAAAACAUACUUGAUUGAGGAUGCGAUGACAUUUGUUUUAUGAAACCGAAAUUUUUUUUCAUUAAAUAAUUGCUAAUUUUUGUUCAAUAAUUUAUUUCCUUUAUUAAAAAGGUCUCAUAUUACUUGGAAAUAAAUUGCCACACCAUUGUGCCUAAUUUAUAAAGAACAAAAUUAGGAAAAACAAUUUACAAAAUAAUUUACAUAUUUUAAAAGUAUAUUGUUGCAUAAUAAUUAUUAAUUUAUAGUAAAAAUAUAUUUUUAUAUUAAUAUAGUAAAAUGUCUAAACAUGUCAUAUAUGUAUCAAUUUUUUUUCAAUCAGGCAUAAUAAUCCAUAUUAUUAUAUUGCAUCGCGAUGAACGUUUUUAGUUCUAGGUCCAAAUUGUAAUUUGAUUUGUAGUUUAGACUUUAAUUCAUAAGUCAUUGAGAAGACCCGAUUCAUAGACAAAAUGGUUUUAAAUAUGGAAUAUUAAAGAAAUAUAUUUUCUGCAGUUAGGAGUGGUUGGCCCUAGUUCUGUGUUGACAUAGAGAUUGCUAUGAAUAAAUGUGUAAAAGGUUAGUGACCUCGAAGUAAACAAAAUUCAAUUUAAUUCAAUAUAUUUACAUAAAUCAAUGUUUACUUACUUGUGUUACUUGAGAAAUAACGAGGUUACCACAGCAUUUUACUUCAAAUUUAGUGAGAGUAGGUUUACACUAAUUUAGAAUCAAAGAACUUUUCUUAUUGUCUACAGCUAACAAUCAUAACCACCAUUAUUAAAUAGAUAAAUAAUCAGGGCAAAUCAAACAAGGUCACCUGCCCCAAACUAGGAUUCACUGUACUAUCAGAACCAGGAUAUAUAGUAAACACAGAUAUAAAGAGGAAACAAAAGCUGUUCAUGAUAUAAAUGUUUGCCUGAUACGGGAAUAGCUUGCUGGGAAGCGUACUACUAUUAUAAACAGCCAGGGGCGUCACUGUCUUUAAAAUAUUGUAUAACAAUACAUGGAGAGACAGGAACGCUCUGAGUUAUAGAGAACAAUAAAAUCAUAUUGUCUAUAAAUAGUCUGAUUAAUAAAAUUAUUGUAUUUAAAUAUAUUUCGGCCUAUCUGGAGAAUCAAGUUGAAAUUUUAUAAUAAUUAUAAAUGUAAAAUUCUGUUGUGUGUUAAUACAUAGAAAUUAUAAGCAGAUUGCUAAUAGUAAUGUUAUUAUUGUAAAUAUUGUCUAGUCUGAUUAAAAUUGUAGUUGGAGAUAUAUUUUAACAUAAUUGCAUUUUAGAUCCUUUAGUGUUUGUUACUGAGGAUUGAUAAAGUUAACAUUUUAAAUAAUAGGUGUAGCAAUAUAAUUUAAUGUUAUGGAAAUGAGACAGAAACAAUUGGCUCUAGUUUCAAAUAGUAGUAUUAAAUUAUAUUUCACUUGUAAGAUCAAUAAAGGAUACUUGCGUAAA